GUGCACUCUCCGUCACCCUGAUUUUCGUGGAGAGUGAUAAGGCUAGACCCAAUUAUGAGUAGAGCCAAAGAGGUCUCAGACCUGUUAUUAGAUGUGAAAAAUCUUGUCGACCCAUUCUUAGACGCAGCAGAUCGUGAUAUUGUGAUAGACCAUGUGGAAAACGUCUCGGAGCAAGAUAAUCAUCAAACUAGGACUGCGCUGUUGGAAUGUCUUCCUCGAGAGAAGCUUGAGCAACUUCUGGACUUAAAACUGCCGGAACAGGGAAAUGGCAAGGAUGGAUUGCUGAUGACCAUCGAAAAGAUUCUGAAGUACUCUGUCAACACGUGGGAUCAAGGAUUUAUGGACAAGCUUUUCUCCUCCACGAAUGCCGUGGGGGUUGCCUCCGAGUAUCUCCUCGCGAUCUUAAAUACAAACGUCCAUGUCUACCAGUGCUCGCCCGUUCUCACCCUCGUCGAGAAGUAUACUGCGCGGGCGCUAGCCGAGCUCGUUGGAUUCGAAAACGCCCCCUAUAUGGGUGGCAUAUGUCAAAAUGGUGGAAGCGCUUCAAACUCACUGUCCAUUCUCGUGGCUCGAAAUACGAUGUUCCCCCAGACGAAGACGGACGGUUACGGGGAGAAAAAGUUUGUUCUCUUCACCUCGAAGCAUGGCCACUAUUCCGUGGAGAAGGCUGCACAAAUGUUCGGCUUCGGUUCUCAUGCUGUGAGGAGCGUUCCGGUAGAUAUAGAAGGCCGUAUGAUUCCUACAGAACUUUCAAAGAUGAUCAAAAAGUCCCGAGAGAGCGGAGAGACGCCAUUCUACGUUAAUGCCACAGCCGGCACCACCGUGCUAGGGAGCUUUGAUCCCUUCGAUGAGUUGGCUGCAAUUUGCAAAAGCGAAAAUCUGUGGCUCCAUGUCGAUGGAUCCUAUGGAGGUUCCAUCCUAUUUUCAGAAAACUUGCGCAAGGAUCGGAUGCGAGGACUGUGCAAAGCCGACACCUUUGCGAUAACGCCGCAUAAGAUGUUGGGCGUACCCAUCACCUGUUCCUUUCUCAUAGGCAGAGAUAUGAGACAGUUUUACGCAGCCAAUACAAUUGAUGCGGAAUAUUUGUUCCACCAGAGCAACCACGAGAGUGCCACGUACGAUCUUGGCCAUUUCACACCUCAGUGUGGGCGAAAGGGUGACGCUUUGAAGAUGUUUCUCGGUUGGCUAUUCUAUGGCCGACAAGGGUACGGCCAGAAGCUGGAAUGUGCUUACGAAAUGGCGAAUCAUCUAUACCGGGUCUUGUCUACACGCGAAAACGUUGUUAUGGUUUCUAAAUAUCCACUGCCGUGUGUAAGUGUCCCAUGUUUGUGCCAAUGCAAACGAAAUAACUUACAUGCUCUUCACCAGAUGCAAGUAUGUUUUUACUGGGCACGCGACGGUAGACUUAGUGAGAAAAAGGAGGUAAAUUCAAGGAUUACAGAGAGAAUAGCCAAUCGACUCAUAUCGAUGGGUUUCAUGAUCGAUUACGCGCCUGGUGAGCAGGGUAAAUUCUUUAGAGUUGUAAUAAAUAGAGAGGUCCGCAGGGAGACUAUCGAGGCAUUGGUGCGAGCAAUUGAGAAAGCUGCACAGCAGGUGACAGCAGACGGUUCUGAUAAGCCGUACACAGAAACUGGGGAACAGCUUCGCGUUUGAUUACUGAUAAAGGGCUCAUUUCGAAAUAGAUGCUUUUAGUAAGAUAGGAAGUCCGAACACAUGUACAGAACCUG